AUGGCGCAGAUCGCCAAAACCCACGAAGACAUAGAGGCUCAGAUUCUGGAGAUCCAGAGUCGCAAGGCAGCCCUGGUAGAGGAAGGAGGCGAUCAAGGAGUCGGACUUGAUUCUACUGGAAUCUUUGAUCAGGAAAUCUACGGAGGCAGCGACAGUCGCUUUGCUGGAUAUGUCACAUCCAUCGCUGCCAAUGAACAAGAAGAAGAUGAUGAAGAAGAUACUGCAACUAGUUUGUUGGGCCCGAAGAAGCCGGGGUAUCAUGCACCAGUGGCCAUUCUAAAUGCCAUCCCGCAGUCAGAUGAACAGUAUGACCCCUUUGCCGAGCAUCGACCACAGAAAAUAGCUGAUCGUGAAGAUGAAUACAAAGCCAAGCGCAGGCAGAUGAUCAUCUCCCCUGAGCGUCUCGACCCCUUUGCUGACGGGGGCAAAACGCCGGAUCCCAAGAUGCAGGUCAGGUCUUACGUGGACGUCAUGAGGGAGCACAAUCUGUCCAAAGAAGAGAAAGAAAUCCGUCAGCAGUUGGCAGAGAAGGCUAAAUCAGGAGAACUGAAAGCCGUGAACGGGUCCGCUGCCUCCCAAGCUGCUGCUGCUGCCGCCGCCGCCGCUGCAAAACGUAAGCGCCGAUGGGAUCAAACAGCCGAUCAGACCCCAUCCAAUGCAACGCCUAAAAAACUAUCCAGCUGGGACCAGGCUGAUGCCUCUGUUGAGACACCCGGCCACACCCCAGGCCACACACCCGCUCACACACCCUCAAACAGCAGAUGGGAUGAGACUCCAGGUCGGCCUAAGGGCAGUGAGACUCCCGGGGCCACCCCAAGUUCGCGCAUGUGGGACCCAACUCCCAGCCACACUCCGGCCGGUGCUGCCACUCCUGGAAGAGACACGCCAGGUCAUGCUACGCCAGGGCAUGGUGGAGCAACUGGAAGUGUCCGCAAGAACCGCUGGGAUGAAACUCCCAAAACGGAAAGGGAGACGCCCGGACACGGCAGCGGGUGGGCUGAAACUCCACGCACAGAUAGAGGAGAAGAUUCUGUUGGCGAGACCCCAACUCCAGGCGCCAGUAAGAGGAAGUCUCGCUGGGACGAGACACCUGCAAGUCAAAUGGGAUCCUCCACACCGUUACUCACACCUGGAAAGACCCCGAUUGGAACACCUGCCAUGAACAUGGCUACACCAACACCAGGACACUUGAUGAGCAUGACACCUGAGCAGCUGCAAGCCUGGAGGUGGGAGCGGGAAAUUGACGAGAGAAAUCGUCCUCUCACAGACGAUGAGUUAGAUGCUAUGUUUCCAGAAGGUUAUAAGGUUUUGCCUCCACCAGCAGGUUAUGUUCCAAUUCGAACCCCCGCUCGAAAACUCGCUGCUACUCCCACUCCCAUUGGGGGAAUGACUGGAUUUCACAUGCAGGUUGAAGACCGCACCACCAAACAAAUGAAUGACCAGCCGUCGGGAAAUCUGCCCUUUCUCAAACCUGAUGACAUCCAGUACUUUGACAAACUGCUGGUGGAAGUGGAUGAGUCAACACUAAGUCCAGAAGAGCAGAAGGAGAGAAAGAUCAUGAAAUUGCUACUAAAAAUUAAAAAUGGAACACCCCCAAUGCGAAAAGCUGCUCUGCGUCAGAUUACUGACAAAGCACGGGAAUUUGGAGCUGGCCCUCUGUUCAAUCAGAUUUUACCACUGCUCAUGUCACCAACCCUUGAGGACCAAGAGCGCCAUCUUUUGGUUAAAGUCAUUGACCGUAUUCUAUACAAGCUUGAUGAUUUGGUUCGGCCAUAUGUUCACAAGAUCCUGGUGGUGAUUGAGCCUUUACUGAUUGAUGAAGAUUAUUAUGCCAGAGUUGAAGGAAGGGAGAUAAUCUCAAAUCUGGCUAAGGCUGCUGGGUUGGCUACAAUGAUCUCCACAAUGCGUCCUGAUAUUGACAACAUGGAUGAGUACGUCAGAAACACAACAGCCAGAGCAUUUGCUGUUGUGGCCUCGGCUCUGGGGAUCCCCUCCCUUCUGCCCUUCCUCAAAGCCGUGUGUAAGAGUAAGAAAUCCUGGCAGGCCAGACACACAGGCAUCAAGAUUGUUCAGCAGAUUGCCAUCCUAAUGGGCUGUGCCAUUCUGCCCCAUCUUCGGAGCUUGGUGGAAAUUAUUGAACAUGGUCUGGUAGAUGAGCAGCAGAAAGUCAGAACCAUCAGUGCUUUGGCUAUUGCUGCCUUGGCUGAGGCUGCUACACCGUAUGGUAUCGAGUCAUUUGACUCUGUCCUGAAGCCUCUUUGGAAGGGUAUCCGCCAGCACAGAGGAAAGGGUUUGGCUGCUUUUCUCAAAGCCAUUGGAUACUUGAUCCCUCUGAUGGAUGCAGAGUAUGCAAACUACUACACAAGAGAAGUGAUGUUGAUCCUCAUUAGAGAGUUCCAGUCUCCCGAUGAAGAAAUGAAGAAGAUUGUUCUGAAGGUGGUGAAGCAGUGCUGCGGCACUGAUGGUGUGGAGGCAAAUUACAUUAAAACAGAGAUCCUGCCUCCUUUCUUCAAGCACUUCUGGCAACACAGAAUGGCUCUGGACAGACGUAACUACAGACAGUUGGUGGACACAACUGUUGAACUGGCCAAUAAAGUCGGUGCAGCGGAAAUCAUUUCUCGCAUUGUGGAUGACCUGAAGGAUGAAGCUGAACAGUACAGAAAGAUGGUGAUGGAGACCAUUGAAAAGAUCAUGGGUAACCUCGGGGCCACAGACAUCGACCACAAGCUUGAAGAACAGUUGAUUGACGGUAUCCUGUAUGCCUUCCAGGAGCAGACGACAGAGGACUCAGUGAUGUUGAAUGGUUUUGGCACUGUUGUCAAUGCUCUGGGGAAGCGUGUGAAGCCGUACCUGCCUCAGAUCUGUGGUACUGUGCUUUGGCGCCUCAAUAACAAAUCGGCCAAAGUCCGACAGCAAGCAGCAGAUCUCAUUUCCCGUACAGCUGUGGUCAUGAAGACUUGUCAGGAGGAAAAGCUGAUGGGUCACCUGGGUGUGGUAUUGUACGAGUAUCUAGGAGAAGAGUAUCCUGAAGUACUUGGUAGCAUCUUGGGUGCCUUAAAGGCGAUUGUUAAUGUUAUUGGUAUGCACAAGAUGACUCCUCCAAUCAAAGACUUGCUUCCUCGUUUGACUCCUAUCCUUAAGAACAGGCACGAGAAAGUGCAGGAGAACUGCAUUGACCUUGUUGGCAGAAUUGCAGACAGGGGUGCUGAGUAUGUGUCUGCUCGAGAGUGGAUGAGGAUCUGUUUUGAAUUGCUAGAGCUUCUCAAAGCACACAAAAAGGCUAUUCGUCGAGCAACUGUCAACACAUUUGGUUACAUUGCCAAAGCUAUUGGACCCCAUGAUGUGUUGGCCACGCUGCUUAACAACUUGAAAGUGCAGGAGCGACAGAAUCGAGUCUGUACCACUGUGGCUAUUGCCAUCGUAGCUGAAACAUGCUCACCCUUCACAGUCCUGCCCGCCCUCAUGAAUGAAUACCGUGUGCCAGAGCUUAAUGUCCAGAAUGGUGUUCUCAAGUCACUUUCCUUCUUGUUUGAAUACAUCGGAGAAAUGGGCAAAGACUACAUCUAUGCUGUCACACCUCUGCUUGAGGACGCACUCAUGGACAGAGAUUUGGUCCAUAGACAGACUGCCAGUGCUGUGGUCCAGCACAUGUCUCUUGGCGUCUAUGGUUUUGGCUGUGAAGAUUCCCUCAACCACUUAUUGAACUAUGUUUGGCCCAAUGUCUUUGAAACCUCUCCUCACGUCAUCCAAGCUGUAAUGGGAGCUCUAGAGGGACUUAGGGUCGCGAUUGGUCCUUGUCGUAUGCUUCAGUACUGCUUACAAGGUUUGUUCCAUCCUGCCCGAAAAGUGAGGGAUGUCUACUGGAAGAUCUACAACUCAAUCUACAUUGCCUCCUCUCCUCCCUGCGACUCCGAGCGGCCCCACAGCAGCAGCCCUGCAGAUAGCGUCGGUGGAGAGGGGCUGAUCAUGGCCGUGGUACCCAUGUCUCCAACGGCCUGCUUCUCCUGCUCUGCCCGCUGA